AUGGAGACAAAAUUGGGAGGUGAUAGAGCUAAGGCAAUUACUGACAGGAUGCCUUUUGAUGGUGUCAUUCACACAAAUACCAUCGGAUACUCUGGUGGUUUGUGGCUUCUUUCGAAUUCUGAUUUUGUGGAGGUGGAACUGCUUGCGAAGACAGAGCAGGAAAUUCACAUUGAAGUUCAAGUACGAAACUCUAGACUCAAUUGGUUAUUUUUUGCUAUCUAUGCCAGCCCUAAGAGUGAGGAAAGAAGUAUUUUGUGGGAUAAUUUAGCUAAAGUUGCAGAAUUACAUAAGUUGUCGUGGGUUAUGGCUGGAGAUUUUAAUGAGCCGUUAAUUGAUGAGGACAAAUUUGGGGGUAGAGGUGUUAACAUCAAUCGUUCUCUGGCUUUUAAAGAUUGCCUUGAUAGAUGUAGUAUGGUGGAUAUGGGUUUUUUGUGUCCUAGAUAUACUUGGACCAACAAGAGAGACAUCAGUAAUUUGAUUCUUGAAAGGAUUGACAGAUUUUUCAUGAGCCCAGAGUGGUGCGUCAUGUAUCCUAAUGCCAGAGUAACCCACCUCCCUAGGUGUCACUCUGAUCAUUGCCCUGUUCUCAUGGAAGCUCUACCAAUCACUUGGAAUGGAAAUAGGGAGUUAGAGGAGUCCAUUGAUUACUUCUCUAAGGAUGCAUCAGCAUGGAAUAGAAACCACUUUGGUAACAUCCAUCAGAAGAAGAGGAGGAUUUUGGCUAGACUUCAUGGUACCCAGAAGGCGUUGUCCAUCAAUCCUAGCUCCUCUCUUGUUUGUCUUGAGAACCAGCUCCUUGGUGAGCUGGAGACUAUUCUGGAUCAAGAGCGUGAUCUCUAG